AUGACGUUUGCAAAAAUAAAGCAUAAUAAAACUGUACAUUACAAGAAUGCGCAUAAUUCUGAACGUCCAAGUUUUCUUGCUCCUUGCGAAAACAACGACCUCAAUUCAAUGUUCUCUGAUAAUCGCUGGCGAAGUUAUGACCACCGUCUUCGACCGAAUUUCAUGGGUUCACCUGUGGUGGUUACGUGCUUUGUAUGGAUCAGUAGCUUACAUUCAGUAUCGGAAAUCACAAUGGAUUAUGGUGUUACAAUGUUCUUGAUAGAACGAUGGACAGAUCCACGACUAGAGUUCAAUGGCACGGAAGCAAUUGAUUUACACUCGCAGUCAAACCUUAUUGAUAAUAUCUGGACACCCGAUCUCUACUUUGUAAAUGAGAAAGAGGGGCGGUUCCAUACAGUUACAGUAGAUAAUAAACAGAUACGCAUUUAUCCCAAUGGAACAAUCAUAUAUGAUAUAAGAGUGAGUGUAACAUUGUCAUGCAGUAUGCAUCUUCACAAGUUUCCAAUGGAUAAACAAAGCUGUGGAAUGCAAAUAGAAACGUUUGGUUAUACCACAAAAGAUGUGAUCAUACAGUGGGAUGAAACUAACCCGGUGUAUGUUGCUAAGGAUUUAGAAUUGCCACAGUUUUCACUUGGAAUCACCAACGUGUCCAGGUGUUAUACAAACUACCCCCUAGGAGAUUAUGGCUGCCUGCAGAUUGUGUUUCCAUUGCAUCGUGAACUAACUUACUACAUAUUGGAAACAUAUGCACCCUCAGCGCUCCUAGUGAUUCUAUCUUGGGUGUCAUUUUGGAUGCACAUUGAUGCCACACCUGCACGUGCAAGUCUUGGAAUCACCACCGUACUAACGUUAACUACGCUUAGCUCUGGUGCUCGAGAUGCAUUGCCCAAGGUCUCAUAUACUAAAGCUAUUGAUGUCUGGAUGGCUGGAUGCUCAUUGUUUGUGUUCGCUGCCUUAAUUGAGUUUGCAACAGUCAAUUUUCUGCACCGUACAGCAGAAAGAUCAGAGUUAGCAAUGGUAAAGAAACGACUAGAAAUGCGUGACCAAUACAACAGUAAAAAGAAGGCAUAUUCAGAGUCAGUCCGUGACGUUAGACUAUCCCUUAUUGGCGAACGACUGGCAUUAAAUGGCGAUUCGUGCAAUAGCCAUACUGCUAAUAUAUACAUCAGUGAUGAUUACAUGGAAAUGAGGGCGAGUUACCAUCGACGGAAAGCACAAAGAAUGGAUAAAUUGGCCAGGGUUGUGUUUCCAACAGCGUUCCUGUUGUUCAACGCAGCGUAUUGGGCUAUUUAUCUUGUCUAUUCACCGCGAAAUUUAUGUGGAAUUUCAAAAAGUAACCCGGAUGUCCUACGACGUAUACUAAACGACAGUUAUGAUAAUCAGAUACGACCGAAUGUUACAGGUCCUGCAAUUUCUAUAAGUGUCUAUAUGUUAUUGACUAGUAUUCACUCAAUAUCGGAAAUAUCAAUGGAUUAUGGCGUGACCAUGUUUUUAACGCAGGAAUGGAUUGAUCCCCGACUAUCAUUUAACGGAAGUGACUCAGUUGAUCUUAGAUCAGGCUCCGAGCUGGAGGCGAGUCUCUGGACACCGGAUCUAUAUUUUGUUAAUGUAAAGAAAGGCGAAUUACACGAGGUAACGAUGACAAACAAACAGAUACGGGUGUACCCAAACGGACAAGUUAUAUAUGAUAUCAGAGCAAGCCUUACAUUGAUUUGUUACAUGUACCUUCAACGAUUUCCAAUGGACCAACAGAACUGUGGUAUCGAUUUGGAAAGCUUUGGAUACACCACGAGGGACGUUAUGCUACAGUGGCAUCCUAAUCAUUCGGUUAUAUUACCACAGCUUGUCAUGCCUGGAUUCUCGUUGAGUGUUCCCGACACUUCUGCUAUAAUUCAAGAGUAUCCGAUGGGACAAUAUUCUCGACUACACUGUAUGUUUAACUUAGAACGAGAGCUGAUAUUCUACAUCAUGGAGCAUUAUGUACCUUCAUUCCUUCUGGUUAUAUUAUCAUGGGUGUCGUUUUGGUUAAGUGUGGAUGCUACACCUGCCAGAGCUAGUCUUGGGAUCACCACUGUACUUACAUUGACAACAUUAAGUUCAGGAGCAAGGGUCGAGUUACCAAAAGUAUCUUACACAAAGGCAAUUGAUGUCUGGAUGGUUGUAUGUUCAUUUUUCGUAUUCGCUGCAUUGUUGGAAUUUGCAAUAGCCAGCUAUUUUCACAAGACCGGAGAGCGGCGACUAGUGGAAAACCGUAUAAAAGAAAGACUGCAUAUAUUACAGUCGGCCAACAUAUCUGAAAGAAAUCGCUCGCCGUCGAUGGGACGUCAUACAAUGGUCACAGAAAUGACGAAUAAUGGCAUAGGUUUUUAUGGCUCCAAUCAUAUGGCUUAUGAAACUAGACUAUAUAUGCCUCAGACGGAGACAAACGUCAAAUCGUCGCACAGGAAAAACUUAAUGAAAGCUGCGAUGACAAUUGAUAGACUUUCAAGGGUACUUUUCCCGGCAUCAUUCGCUUUAUUCAAUAUUGUAUAUUGGCCGACGUAUCUACGAGGCUAUCUCCAUGGUGUAUAA